GCAUUGAAAAUUGGAGCUCAAGAUUAUUGUGGGUGAAUCUGAACCAUGAAGUACUCAUAGCCAUACCCCGAAUCAUUUCCGCCAAAUGGAAAAAAUCUAAAAACAAUUUUCUCUGUCUCUCCUCAACGCAGACUGCCAUGGCCGCAUUAGCUUCUACUCUUGCACCUGUCCGUAUGUCAACAACAGUAUUCAAUCCAUGGCGACAAAGUUCCUCACCUCUUUCUCGGCUGCUGCUCAAGGCAAUAAGGGCUUAUCCCAGCAGCCAGAAUUUCAAGUCAUUUUGCCCGCGGAAGCUGAGAGUGGUUGCUGCGACUGAGGGCUCUGCUACAAAUCGAAGCAAGUCUAAACAAGAUGAUGAUGAUGAUAAUGGCGAAGACCCUUCAGUUCCUUCAUGGGCUAGGCCCGGUUCUGAUGAGCUUCCACCAUGGGCCCGUCAGGACGCCCAGAAAGAUUCUUCCUCUGGCUUUGAGGUUCCGUUCUUUGUUUACUUGCUUGCAUCUGCUAUCACUGCCAUAGCCGCGAUUGGUUCUAUCUUUGAGUAUGUGAAUCAAAGGCCUGUUUUUGGAGUUUUGAACUCAGAUAGUGUGUUUUAUGCUCCGUUGCUCGGGUUCUUUGCAUUCACCGGCAUCCCUUCUUCUGCUUUUCUUUGGUUCAAAUCCGUGCAAGUUGCUAAUAAAGAGGCUGAGGAACAAGAUCGGAGGGAUGGAUAUCUCUAGGGUCCUCCUUCUUUCUAGUAUGCUUUGCGUCCAUAGUACAUAGUCAAGUCAAUGCAGCCAAAGUAGUUCUCCUACAUGCCAUUUUUGUCGUGCUGACAUGGUUAUAUAAGUGCUUCAUUGUAAAUUACAAUCCAACUUCUCUUUUUAAUUCCUUAAUUCAUAUUGAGGACUUCCCAUAAGCUUCAGCCUCAAGAACUGAUGAAAAGAGAAUGAUCUGCAAUUGUCCCCAUGACACUGUAAUGCUUGGUUACCACUGUAAUUCCAGUUUCACUCAAUAGUUUGGGGUACAAAAUCUCCGGGAGAUUCUUGGCACUAAUAGUGGAACUUUCUGGAGGAUGCAACAA